CGACUCGUUCCCACCGAGUCACGAUCCCCUCACGCCGCUCUCCGCCGUCAAUUCCGUAAAACCGCCGUGGGCCGACGACGGUCGACGCACGGAACCCCCCGGGCGGCGCGAAUUCGGGUGCGAAUCGGGGUCAAAUGAUCCCCAGAUCCGCGCUCCCAUGGCCCUUCUUCCUCCUCCUCUUCGCCGCCGCCGCCUUCGCCUUCUCCCCACUCCCCGGCCGCGCCGAUCCGGGCCGGGCCUGCUCCAACUCGAGCGCCCUCGUCGGGUUCGAGUCCGAGUUCCGGAUGGUCCAGCACCAGCUGCGCGGCACCGUCACGGUCGUCGACGACUGCUCCUUUAGGGUUUCCCAGUUCGACAUGCUCUCCGGGUUCGACGUGCAUUGGUGGGGCGCGAUCGCGCCCGAUUUGGGUAACAUGACGUCCGGGUACGCCGUCUCCGAUCAGGUCUUGAAUCAGACGUAUAAAAACGAGUCCUUUACCGUUCGUUUGAGGAGUAAUGUCAGCUGGGAUCAGAUCCCGGUUCUCGCCGUGUGGGACUUGCCCACGGCGUCGGAUUUUGGGCACGUGGUGUUUCCGAAUAGAUCGGACAUGAGCCCGGCCCCGAGCCCGAGUCCCGGGGACGGGGCGGUUAGGGUUUAUAGGGAGCUGACGAUGUUCGAGAACUGUAAAGCGCUGUCUCCUAACUAUCGUGUGCGGUGGACAUUGGAUGUGGAUCGAGAUGUUAUCGAUAUAGGGUUAGAAGCGGCAAUCGGGACGCAGAAUUACUUGGCUUUCGGGUGGGCAGACCCGGAAGCCACGUCCGAGUACAUGAUCGGAGCUGAUGUGGCGGUGACGGGGUUCACGGAGGAGGGCAUUCCAUUCGCGGAUGAUUAUUUUAUUACGAGGUACGGUGAGUGCACAAUUAAUAAGGAUGGAAAUGCGAAGGGAGUCUGCCCUGAUACGAUAUAUGAGCCGACCGACCCCGUUGCAGUGAAUAAUACUGCGUUGGUGUAUGGGCAUAGAAGAGAUGGUAUCUCCUUUAUCAGGUACCAGAGGAAGCUGAGUGUUGUUGAUAAGAAGUUCGAUUUGCCUGUGAAUUAUAAUGACAAUGCGACUGUGAUUUGGGCACUGGGGUUGAUGAGCCCGCCAGAUACUCUUAGGCCAUAUUAUCUGCCUCAGAAUCACGGAGGUGAGGAGUCUGUGCAAUUUGGUCAUUUGCUGCUGAAUGUGUCCGAGAGUGUCGAUGAUUGUCUUGGUCCGCUGGAUGCAGAGGAUAAGGAGGAUCAGGAUUUGGUUAUUGCAGAUCCGAACAUGCCUCUUGUUGUUGUGACUGGUGAGGCAAUGCAUUACCCAAAUCCACCAAACCCUUCAAAGGUGCUUUAUAUAAAUAAGAAGGAGGCACCGGUGCUGCGAGUGGAAAGAGGGGUAAAGGUAAAGUUUUCAAUACAAGCAGGGCACGAUGUUGCAUUCUACAUCACUUCAGAUUUUCUGGGCGGUAAUGCCACUUUGAGAAAUACAACGGAGACUGUGUAUGCUGGAGGGCCCGAAGCUGAAGGAGUCCCUGCCAGUCCAACGGAGUUGACUUGGGCACCUGAUAGGAACACACCAGAUCAAGUUUACUAUCAGUCGUUGUAUCAUCAGAAAAUGGGAUGGAGAGUUCAGGUGGUUGAUGGCGGUUUAUCUGAUAUGUACAACAACAGCGUUGUUUUGGACGAUCAACAGGUAAAUUUUUACUGGACUUUGUCUGAGAAAUCGAUAUCAAUUGCUGCGCGUGGGGAGAAGAAAAGUGGUUAUCUCGCAAUAGGAUUUGGUAGUGGAAUGGUGAACAGCUAUGCUUAUGUUGGUUGGGUUGACAAUAAUGGCACAGGAAGGGUCAAUACAUACUGGAUAGAUGGGCAGGACGCAUCCAGUGUGCACCCAACAAAUGAAAAUUUGACAUAUGUGAGGUGCAAGUCAGAAAAUGGGAUUAUUACAAUGGAGUUCACUCGUCCACUGAAACCAGCAUGCAGUCAUAGCGACAGGCCAGAAUGCAGGAACAUAGUGGACCCAACCACUCCUCUUAAAGUGAUAUGGGCAAUGGGUGCUAAAUGGACUAAUGAGCGCUUAAGUGAGAGAAAUAUGCAUCAUGUAACCAGUCAAAGGCCUGUGCGAGUGAUGCUUAUGCGUGGUUCUGCUGAGGCUGAGCAGGAUCUAAGGCCAGUAUUAGCAGUUCAUGGUUUCAUGAUGUUUCUCGCUUGGGGUAUUUUGCUUCCUGGCGGAAUAUUGGCCGCUAGAUACCUGAAACAUGUAAAAGGUGACCAAUGGUACAAGAUACAUGUUUACUUGCAGUACUCAGGUUUAUCCAUUGUCUUGCUCGCCCUUCUAUUCGCAGUAGCUGAGCUUCGUGGUUUGCGUACAAACUCAUUGCACGUAAAGUUUGGCUUCACUGCUAUAUUUUUGGCCUGUGUACAGCCAUUAAAUGCAUAUUUUAGACCAAAAAGACCUUCCAAUGGAGAGGAGGUUUCUUCGAAAAGGAUCCUUUGGGAAUAUUUUCAUGUGAUAGUUGGCAGGUUGGCCAUUGUUGCUGGUAUAGCUGCCCUGAUAAGUGGAAUGAAGCUCUUAGGAGCCAGAUAUGGUGGUGAAAAUGUUCAUGGACUUGAUUGGGCUUUAGUUAUCUGGUUCUUGAUUGGUGCGCUGAUAGUCAUGUACCUGGAAUACCGUGAAAAGCAGCGGCAAAGGGAGAGAAUAUAUGGAAGAAGUAGUUGGGUGUUGGGAAAUCCGGAGGAAGAUGAUUCCUUGGAUCUUUUGAGCCCAAGAGGAAAUGCUGGAGAAAAGGAGGCUCAACCUACCGGGAGAAUGGAAAUUCAGCUAGAACCUUUGGCCAGAUAGAAAUUUUUGGGCAUGAACUCACCAGUCGCAGUUUUCGUUUUUGGACAAUUUUCCAUGCACGUGGAAAAUAUCAGGCCCUUCUGUCCGUUUGAAAGUUCUCUUGCUGCUCGAUAGGAGCCAAAUGCGGAUCGCCUGGUGAUUAUUUAUGCACUGUACUUUUUAUACUCAAUACAUCUACACUGACACAGUGAAAGGUUUCUAAUCAUCAGGUUUUAUUCUUUUGUUAGAUGAGUAUUCCUAUUUUCAUGAUGUGUAUCAGUAAUGUAGAAGAGCUUCUUGCGAUUUUAGAAGCAAAUUUUGCUCAAACUGAACAGCAAUAUGUUUCUGUAAAUACAUGGAGAUUUCAUUAUCAUAGUUGAAGUUGCCAGCUCCAGCCGGUCCUACCUGAUCAUUAGCUGAUUGGAUUUGGUACUUCUAUUGUUGAAUUAUCUGCUUGUGCUUACGCCGUGGUAACAUUACCAGCUCUGUUACUGCUUAUUGCUAGUAAUGAUGAACGAGCUAUAUGCUGAACUAGACUCUUCAUGCCGUUUCUAUAAGAUCUUACUUUUAGCUCCGUGCUUGAUCUCGCUGUACUCUUUUGCACUGAGUAGUGAUCUUGGGACUAGAGGCUUUGUUCUAUUAGUAUUUGUUUUUAUUGGCCGUCUCUCUUUCUCCGUUACUUGUGAUUUCUGCAGCUCUUAUUGUGCUUCCUUUUGAGAAAUAUCCGGUCCAAGACCUGGUUUUACGUUUUUCAUUUUCCAAAAUGGCAGUGAUGAAGCCGUUCGUGUACUUGCAUCUUAAUUGCACAUGUCAUCUAUCAAACUCGUUUCCCUGCACAUGUCAUCUUAAUUGCACGUGUAUCUUUAUUCGUUUAUAAAAGGAAAACGUAUAGUAUAAGUAUCUGUUUAAAAAUCGAUGGACAGGCGAACAGUGUGUCAAUUUUCUUGUCGUCAGAGUCCUGUGAGAGGUUUGAUAGUAUCUACAGAUGGUCAUUCUGGUAUCCUGUGGAAUUGAUAGCAUGCAAGUCUCAUUAUUGGCACUUGGCAAUUGAUCACCAAUGGGAUGGUGAACUUUUUGCUUCAGCUGGUGCUCAAGUAGAUACUUGGACUCCUAACAGGUGUUCUUAGACAGUAAUUUUUCUUCUUUUUUGUGGUGGUACCUAAUAUUUUAUUCCAACACUUCAUAUCAUUCUUCCGUGUAGAUCUCAGCCAAUAAGCAGUUUUGAAUGGGGAAUGGACACAGUAAUAUCUGUAAGAUGUAAAUUCUGGAGAAACUACUGUCUAGGCAACAUUAUGCAUUUCGUUUGUCUCCCAUCCUACUGAAGAUGUUUUCUUUGUUCCUUCUUUUUACAUCUUCACACAAGAUGUUCAUUGGAGGUUUCACAUCUGGUUUUAUUAUCCAGCUGUUAUAGUUUGUUAUUUGUCUACUUUAUCUAUGUUUUUGGAUGCUCAACAAAUGCAAUUCACCACUUUCUUUUGUCUCAAUCAGCUUUAACUGAUCAGUAUAUUCCCUUUGCUACUAAAUUUAAGGUAUGUAAGAACGGCCUUCUUUUUCCUUGCGGUGAACGCAGCAUGACCCUCUACGAUUUGCGUAUGUCAUCCCCCAACAGGAAAAAUCAUCAUGGGGGUAAUUGGGUGAGUUGUCACUUCAGUCUUUUACUGGAAGUGGGAUUUUUUAUGGAUGAAGGAAGAACUUAAUAAGAAAACUUUCACUGAGACAACUAAUUGUCUGAAUCGAUACUAAUAUAAUCUGGCGGAUCAUGCUGAACAGCUUCAGAAACAGUGAAUAUGAAGAUGCAUACAACUUUAUAUGCAGUUGUUUGUUUUCUUAAUGUAGAAUAGCUUCUCUCUUUUAAUUUGGAGAUUAGUUAAAGAACAACUUUCUCUUUGAUGUACAGUUUAGUUAUGUAAUCGCUGCUAAUUGAGCUCUUCCUAUUCAGGCAAAAGCAAGUGCUAUUUUGGAACCCAAUGGAGCCAAGGAACUUCACUGCUGUAAGCACAACAGUUCUAUCUAGUUUGUGUUGUGGUCCAAUUCUCUUCUGAUAGCAUUUCUGUCUAUUCUUUUCCUAUCUCUUAGACUGCAGCUAUAGGGCUGCCCCAGGGGAGUGCGCUAGUGAUUGAAAAUGUUUCACCUUUUUUCUUCCCUUUUUUUAAUUGACGUGCGGGGACUAUAGACAAGAUAUUUGAUAAUAAAACAUUGAAGUGAAUCUGGAAUUUGGUGGACACUUUUUGAGUUGUCCUAGGCACAACUAAGGGAGUUCAUUUGUACAAGGCUCAAUGUAGAUGUGGUGAUCUUGUAGAUUGGUUGGAACCUAAUACACACUAUUGAAUGCUACAUUUAAGGCAAAAGAUUGCGACUGCUGAUGCUGAAAGGACUUCUUUUAGAGAUUUAAGGGUGGUUUAGAUUGGUUCUUUGAAUUUAACCUUGUGUCGUUGAUAUGGUUAAAGUAUCCCACCACAUCACUUAUCUAUGGGAUUUAUAUGGGCCUCAUAUUGAUGUUGACCAUGAGAGCCAAGUUUGGCCCCAAAUCUAUUUCACGUGUGAGGCUUCCGGUCAUCAAUUCCACGUGCCAUUGUCAUCCCGGUCUAGACGUGAGAGAGGGUAUUGAAGUAUCCCACAUCACUUAUCUAUAGGGUUUAUAUAGGUCUUAUAUUCAUGUGUUCUCUCACCACUUAUUUUUCCUGCUAUUUUUGCAGUUUUUAGGAUUAUUACUCUUGAUAGUUGGCAUUCUUGCGGGAAUGAGCUGCUAGUGGAAGUGUUCUCUAGAAUUUGUUUUAACAAGCUUCUUUUUUCUAGGAAAAAUAAGAUUAAUUUCCAAUUUCAUAUAAAAAUGUUUCGGCAGAUUUUCUUGAUCAGAAAAUUAAUUUUAUUUUUCUAUUUGAACGAUAGUUGCUUUGCAUCCGUUAAUAAUUGGUUUGAUCGAGCAUUGUCAAUUUGGAGAGAAGAGUAUAAUAAAUAUGACAGAAAAGAAAACCUCUUGUUAGUAUAAAUGUAUGUUUGCUUUCGGGUGAAAAAACAAUAAUCAAUAGUUAGCCAAUAGUUAACAAAAAACUGGUUUAAAAGGCAUUUCCUGACCAGCCUAGAUAUUCUUGACAAAAAAUAUAAACAAGCAUAGAUUUUAAAAGGGAAAAUAUUGAGAGGUGUCCCUUGAGCUGUUGUCAUUAGGCAAUUGUUUUUUUCAUCUAAACUAGACAUGUGUAGCAACUGACUGUGGAAUCCUCUGUUGUUUACAUGCUGGAAGAACAGUUUUUCUGUGUCCUUUGAGCACGUGAACAUGGGAAGUGUCUUUUCCAUACAUGCCACUUUAAUGCUCAGCAUGGAGGAACUUAGGGUAAAACACUGCUACAUGGAGGCAAUUGAGGAAUGCAAUUGCUACAGCUAUGAUGCUAGAAAGUUGGAAGAAGCCAAAUGUGUGCACAAGGAUCACGUAUCUGCUUGUGAGAUGAUAAAUUAGUAGUUUUGGAGACCAGUUGCAGUCACGUGUUUGUUGCAGUCAUUAAGGAUUCUUUGGAAUUGAAAUCUGUCUCUCUUUCCAGGAUGGAUAUUGAUUACUCACCCACUGGCCAAGAAUUUGUAACUGGAUCCUAUUAUAGAACGGGUAUUCUGCGUCAAGUUCAGUUGCGAUGCAAGUUGUGUUACAUCUGGGGGGGAUGAUACCAACUUGAGGCUUUAGAAAGCUAAAGCCUCCGAACAGCUGGAGUUGUAAGUUCUCCCAAGAGAGCUCAGGAAGCAUAAGUAUCACGAAGCUGUCAAGAACCAAUACAAGCACCUCCCUGAAGUAAAGCGUAUUGUGAGGUGACAAUAUCUAACCUCAAAUCCAAGUGCUAAUGGAUCUUCAUGCUCUUUUUUUGUGAAAUUUGCCAACGAAAUCUGAAAACACUUCUUUCUGUUUUUAGUGUGAUGCAGCUCAUCACUCUUUUUUUCCCCUCAAAAUUCUUGAUUUGGAUAUGCAGCACAGACACUUGCCUGAACUAAUAUUACAAGGCAACUAUUCUGAGUCGCCUUGUGAAUGAAGCAGAGAGAAGGAAAGAAGAAAGAAGAAGAGCGCACAGUGCCCCUGGAUCUAGUUCAACAGAUCCAUUACAUAAAAGAAGUCAACCAGAAAAAAAAAUCCUCUUUUUUUCGCAGAAUUGCAGAUGAUAUUACUUAGCCAUCAGUGCUUUAAAGAAUUAUUUAUCACC